UCUCGGAGUCUCACAGUACACGCAUACACAGAGACAAACUCACAUACGGAAGAGCUAACAAGGGUUUCUAAAUGGGGGCAGCGGUGAAGAAGAAGGUUCAGAGGAGGUUCAAGAUCAGAGGCUACAAUCUGAACGUCGACGCCCUCGAAGAGGUCCUCUCCUUCCUCAGCCACUUCGAAGACGCUGAAGAUGAAGCCCUCGAUCUUCUUCUCGAUGAGAUCAAGAAGGAAUCCCUAAAAUCCAUACUUGACAAGGAUUCUGUGCAUCGGGUCGUCAGCCUUUUAUUGGAAGCCGAUGCUGCGGUCGAGGUGAACCCCAGCACCAGCAAUCGAUCUGCACUUCGCAUAAUUGAUGCCUUUGUAAUCCCCAAAUUUUGCUAUGAUCCCAUCAAAAAGAUAUUCUAUGAGUAUGUAGGGAAGCUUCCUAUCCAUGGAGAUGCCUCUGCUAAAGCUGCCUUAUACAGGAAUAGAUAUCAGUUGCUGCUUCAGAGGAUUUCCCGGCACCAGCAUUUUUCAAAACCUGCAUUUGAUAUAGAAAUGAUGGAAUCCGGAGGCUGUGAGAUAUCUCCAGUUCAAUCCCUGAUUGGGCGUAUGGGGAGGAAAUGGAUUAUGGGUGUUAUAUCUCAGUUAGAAGAUGGCCAUUUUUACCUGGAAGACUUGACCGCAUCUGUAGAAGUCAAUUUAUCGAAUGCAAUAUCCUUGUGACAAUUCUAUUUAUGUUUUGUUUGGUCUUUUAUCUGAAAGCUACUGCAUAUAAGAAUCCUCUGAACUAUAGUGAUGUAAAAUGAACAAGAAACAAUGCUUUUUAUGUGGAAUGGCUUUUCCAUUUCAAAGCUGCUUGCACACUUUGCUUUCUUGGUUUCUAUGAUAUGACGGAUAAGGUGACUAGUUCAGUUUAGUGAAUUUAUGAUGCAUUCUUCAGAAUCAUGAAACAUGUUUGGUACUUCAGGUUUUGGGCUCAGCUUGCCAAAUCCCUCCUGAUAUUUUUUUUCCCCAUUUUUUUCUGUUUUUUGGGUCAUUAGCUUUCU